GUUAACAGUCUCAAGGCAACAGUAUUAAAAUAUGGGAUAAAGAUGAGGGGACCCAAAAAUGUAUGGGAUCUUCAAUAAUAUAUCACGCUCGAGACGGUGAGCGACUUACGGAUUUAGAAAGAUGAUGUUCUCCCGCUAUCUUGUCGGCCUGUCUAUCGUGGGGCUUGCAGCCGCGAUUGCUGCCUAUAAUAGGGAGUGCGGUCCUACUUUGGAGGAUACUGCUAAAACUACAGAUGCGGAGUUCUACUUCGAUGUCACAGAAGAUGUGGACUUGUUUGUCCGCUGCGCAGAAACUGUAUACGAAUGUGAUACCAAACUCUACAAUGCAAGGUGGUUUAUGAUCGAUAGCACGAAGGAGCCUGUUCCCGUUGGUUGUCGUAAACAAUUGGGCCACCUAACCACGUCUCACAACUACACAGGGCCGCUGGAAGUGCCCGGCUUGACUGAACUAUAUGGUCUUGGGAUCAGAGGCACCUACGAGGGAACUUAUGAGGAUAACGGCCUCCUAUUACCUACUAAUGUUACUAGCAUCGAUCUACCCGACCUUGUUAAUAUCGCCAAUACCAUGACCAUCAACAAUGCGGCUUCGAUAACGAGCUUGAAUUUGCCAAAGCUCAGACAUAUUAACAAGCUAUUGCUCAACUUUACGGGAGGGCCAGCCAUCAACCUUACUUUUCCAAGUCUAGUCGAUGUCAGUAGCAUAGCAAUUUAUGGCGAAAUCGAUACUCUUGAUUUCCCCGCUCUAAAUGAGACGAGGAAUACAAUUAUGGUCAAUUCGACUGGGAAUCUCGAUUGCGACACUUUUUCGAAGAGCUUGGUGAACACGACUAGGUACGAUCAGAGUGGUGUAUCGUGUGCUUCAAGGAGGGGAAAUGUUACCCUUACCCAUGUCGAGCCACCCAAGCCCACGGUUACCAGUGGGGCAUUCAAGAUCCCGGGGGGUUCACUGGCUUUGACAGCUCUUCUGGCGUAUAUAUUGGCGCUGUAAUGGAGACUAUUGUUUGGCCUCACCCGCCCCUCCUGACCCUCUCUCCCCCUCCGACUGAAGUCCUUCAACUUCGGCGAGCGAAAUAUAAACAACAUAAAAACGGCAAACGAAGCAGGAAAAAAAAUACCUGCAACAGUGCGUUUUUAAUGCCCUUACGUUUGAUCUCGCUGUCAAUCCGAGCUACGAGAUAGUGACCACUACAGCGCAAGGCAUCGAAAUUCUUCACAUCCGAAUUAGCGAUCCAUUGCAUUUUCAGGGUUACUGGGAGUGUCAGAGUUAUGUCGUACAAGACGGCCACCUCAUGAGGUAGAAUAGCUCACGGUUGGGCCGGAACAUAUAUAACACGUCUGAAAAUUACACUAUCUUUGUGCUAAGCUCCGCUCCAACUCCCUGAAUCCUUUCUAUAAGAUCCGCUCCCAG